AUGCAGCUAUGGCAUGGCAACCCGUGCCGGCACCACCUGCUGCCGUUCCUCCUUGCUCAAUCCCCCACCUCCAACCCCUCCUCUUCCUCUUCCGCAACAGCUGUUGAGGGAAAGUCCUCCCCAGUAGCAGCAGGAAAGGAGUUGGCAGUUUCCUCUCCACGUCUGCCCUUGCAACAACAACAACAACAACAACAACAACAAGAGCAGCAGCAGCAGGGGCAUCAUCGCCCGGCUAACUUCUCCCUCUGCAAACACCUGGCCACUCGCCUCUUCAUUCAUGGCCACCCAGACACUCAGCACACCCCCCCUGCGCCCUGCCCGUACACGCGCUGCCCUUUUGCGGGGGGAGUGUUCGUGCCAGAACUUCGCGGGCAGUUCUUCGCAACUGAAAACUUCUUCUACACGUCUGAGUUCCUGAAGCUCCCAGCAACAGCAACUCUGGCGGAGUUUGCGGCUGCAGGGACAAGGCACUGUGCCCAGGGCCUUCCCCCUCUGCCCUCUUCUGCUCGUGCCAAACACUCGCUGGGAGCACAAGGGGAGAGCGGGGGGGUGGCUCUGGGUGAUGGUACACGGGGGGGUGGUGAUGGUGCUGGGUCUGGUGCUGCUGCUGUGGGUGCCGCGGUUGCUGCAGCUGUAAAGUUGUCGCGAAAGGAGGGUUUGGGGAUGAAAGGAGGAGCGGGGAGAAAGAGGGAAGGGAAACCGGGGGAGGGUAAAGGGGGAGGGGGGACGGGGGGUGGUGAGGAGGGGAGUGGGGUGGUGGUGAGCGAGGAGGAGGUGAAGGAGCAUGGCAAGUACUGUUUCUCGGCGUCCUACAUAGUGGCUUUCCUGCAUGAUGCUCUGGGGGUUUCCUUGCACGACACAAAGGUUCGCUUCACCAACCGAGUGGGACCGCAUGACAUAGACUGGGCGCUUGGUGCAAUGCUCAUGGAUGUUAUCACCCACCGCCCCUUUCCCUCGAAACCCGCCAAUCAAGGCGAGGCGCGAACCAAAGCCUCCGAUUCGUUACGAGCGGACGAGAGUAUAGGAACCAUCAUGGUUCUGCUUCUGGUCACGGCUCUGUUCCUGGUGGUAAUCACGUUCAUCUCCAUGCCGACCGCGGACCUUAAUCUAUCGUCCAUGAACCUCGCUCCCGUCUCGUCCGUGUAUGAGGACUCUUCUGAUUCCGCCGCGUCGCCUACCUGGACGUCGCCUCGCGCGGUCCACGAUUUCAGCGCGUCGUGGGGAGCAGAGCACGACGGCUACGACUACCACGCUGACCACGAAGAGGGUGCGGGUUUCGAUUCCGCCGCCGUUCCCUCGCUGAUUCCUCUGCCGUCAGAGGAGGAAUUUGACUCUCAUCUCGUCGCCGUGCAGUGUGCUUACGUCGACCAGUAA